AUGUCGCUCGUGGUGGUUUGGAACACGGCAUGCAGUCCUGUUGAUUGCCCAAACUCUGGUCUGCAUUAUUUCCGACGGAUCGGCAACUCAAGCAUCCUUUCGUUGUUUCAGCGAAGCGACGGAGCCGCCUACCUCAGGUUCAAUACAUACUGUGCUGCAAUGCGUAAACGCCCAGGCACUAAAGAGGCCGGUAAAAUUGCGAUUUCAAGGCUAUCUUUGGGAAAGGAGGGAGCGCUGCAAGGGGGCUUGUUAAUACAUCGUUUGAAACCGCACCAGCAUGUCCCAUCUAUGUGGUUGUUGUACUGUGCAACCAUCGAGAGAUGUGACGAAAAAGGCCCGAGAAUUGGGUUCCACUGUGAUGCGCGAGCGCCUCUCAGGCAGUUGGACGUGAACUUUUUUGCUCAAAGUCAAUCCGCCAACCAGAAAAUAUCUAUGGAUCCAAACUUGCUACUGAACUGCUUCUCGAACGUACUUUCUGUUGAGGUUGAAACCUCCUCUCCUCACUUGGUUGAUGAAGAUUGA